ACUUUGAAUUCGCGUAGCUUAACCUACCAUACAAACAUGGCAGCGCUCAUGGUACCUUUCAGAAAAACUUCUUGUAAAAGGGUAAUACACGCGAGUAAUUACCUGAAAUCUCGGUAGGCUUAAUUAUUAAAUUAUAAAGUAUAAUUAAUGUCGUCAUAUCUAAUCAGUAACCUUCAUAUUCCUGUACAUAGUCGCCUAAGUCGCUAUGUCUCUCUCUUUUACUUUUAAUAUUUAAAUGAGUAAAUGAGUCAAAUGAGCAUUGCAAUUUUUGUUGCUUAAUUAAUUAAGUAAUAUUAAUACUUAGUUAUAGUAAUAAGUUGACUUAACUUUACUUCAUUACUAUUAUUGUUACAUUUUACUUUUCACUUUACUUUUAAAACUUUUGUAGACUUAAGUUAAGUCUAAGUUUUGAGCCAAAACUUAGUCUAAGUUUUGAGCCAAAACUUCCAUUUUAUGUCUUGUUUUGUUAUUCAAGCUCCAACCUAUGACCUUUGAUCCCCUUGUAAUAGCUUGAACGCAGAUCCCUAUGCCUAGGUUAGGUCAAGGAAAAGCAGGGCCCAGGGUGAAGCCUAAAAUUGCUGCCCAUGGCGGACCAGUAGUAACAAGGCAAUUUACUUAAAAUUACUUAGCCCCCCCCCCCCCCCCCCCCCCAUUCCCCCAACUCUGAUGAUCGCGCCCAGGGCAAGUAGUCCACUUGGUAAAUUUUGAUAACGAUUGCCACUAUUUUUUCAUUGGCCGCCAUCUUGGUUGACACGUCACGUGAAGUCACGUGACGUGUCAACCUAGACGACGGCCAAAAAAGGUAGUGCAAAACACAUGAGAUUAAAAAGGAAGGGGAGGGAGAAAAAUGUGUAAAUUCAACUAAAUACUGAAAGAUAUGAAAAUAGCGAAAUAAGUGAAUUUUAAAGAAAUAACUCAAAUUUUUUUUUUUUUAAAAAUAGAAUUAAUAGCAUUUAACUGAAAUUUUAUGUUUUAAAAAAAUGGAAAAAAAUAUAAAAAAGGGGUAAAUUUUAAAAAAAAAUAUUUAAGAAAUAUAAAUAAAAACCUUGAAAUCAGCCCCACUCCCAAAAUAAAAAAGUAUACAAAUUAAAUGAAAUAAACACCUGUAAAUCGAUCCCUAUGCGUAACCUGAACCAUAAAUCGAUCCCUAUGCCUAACCCGAACCCUAAAUCCAUCCCUAUGCCUAACCCAAACCCUAAAUCGAUCCCAGUGUCUAACACGAACCCUAAAUCGAUCCCUAUGCCUAACCCGAACCCUAAAUCUAUCCCUAUGCUGAACCCUAAAUCCAUCCUUAUGCCUAACCCAAACCCUAAAUCUAUCCCUAUGCCAAACCCGAACCCUAAAUCUAUCCCUCUGCCUAACCUGAACCCUAAAUCGAUCCCAACAGGUAGUAAAUUCAGGCUCCAUCUCCAUAAAUUUACCAAAAAAUUUAACAAAUUGAACUUACCGGGCACCCGGUCAAGCAAUCAAUAAUAGCAACAGACGUAACAUUUAAGCACUCCUUUCUCUUUAAGUAAGCAUUAUUAUAAAGUACCCGAUAAAAAAAUAAAGAUUUCUCAUCAUUUUUUCAACAAAGAACAUAAAAUUGUAUGUUUGUAUUUACAAAUUACAUUUAUUUUAAUCAUUUAUAUGAAAAUAAACACACAAAACGAACAUAAUCAAUAUAAUAUUAAAUAUACCUAGGGCGCAUUAAUACUAACUCAUAAAAUAUAAAUUGUCUAAAAAUAAACAAAGGGAACUAACUCCCACACGUAAACAUGGAAAAUAAAAGUCGUGGCAAUCAUAACUAGGAUUAGCCGUCCACUUCACUCAUUCAAAUAAAUUUCUAUUUGUUUUUUAAGGGGCCCUAGACUUAAUUAUGAUCUGAAUAUAUAUAUGUAUAUUUUUACUAUAUAUUUUUUUACUUACAACACAUUCAAUCAAUGCAAUUACUGCAAUGUUCAUUUAUAUUUAUUCUAAAAAUUCAUUACCAAACUGAAUUUUAAGUUAAAACACCAGAUCAAGUUAGUGCACAGAGUCCAAAAAAAGAGGACUGAAUGCUUAAUGAAUGAAUAUGGAUGAAAUAGUUUGUUUAGACUUUAAGCCAUGUUUGGGAACAGACUGCACACAAAAGGUGCAUCUAUUAAUCUUCCCUUUUACUGAUUGGCUUAUCUGCCUUUGUGCUUGGGUAUCAGAAAAUGCUCUCUAGAUGUUAAACUCUUACUCCGGACAACUGAGUGUAGUAGUGCUACAAAAAUUGUGAUUAAAAUAAAAAUAAAAUGUCUACAAUUAAUUAUAUUAUGCACUUGAAAGUACAAUACAGUUUAGCACAGUCUAUAAUGGGUUGAUAUAGCAAGGCAGAUUACAUAGGUAAUCUGGCAAUUUACUUAGCUGUGCACCCUAACGAUGUGCACCCAGUUGAAUUGAUUUAUGAAUAUUUUAUUUCAAGAUGCUUGUUUUAAAAGGCCACCAGCAAAGCCUCCUCUCACUUAACUAAUACUAAUGUUGGCAGCCUUCUUUAAAUUGCUCUUACUUGUCUACUUCUCCUCCUUUUACCUGGAUAGGUUCAUACCAACACAUUAACAGUAUAUAUAUUUGUCAAAUGAAAUACUAGACCUAUGUAAAUUUUAAAGAAUGUUACAAUAUAUUAAAUUAGAUAAUUGCUAUAAAAAUUAAUUAAAUGUGCCAGACUGUAUUUCCUCAUUAUACAAACUAGUUGUUCUUACCAAGCUCUUUCAUCUAAUUUGCUUUCAGAUUUUAUCAGUUCAAUGCUUGUUUAUUUCAAUAUAUUUUCAGCUUAGACAUUUGUACUAGAUAUGGAAGUACAUCCCCCAUGAAUAUGCUGGAGCUAAAUAAGCGAGGCCUGAUUGAAAGUGUAUUUCCUGAUCAAAGGUACAUUAUUUGCUAGCAAGGUCUUGGUUUAUUUUACAAUAACUUACAAAUGUCAGUAAGUAUACACAAUUUUUAUAAGUUAUCAGUAAAAAAAACUUUUUAAAAAAUGCUUUCAAAUGUUUAUUCUGCUUCAGAAUCCCUGAUUUGCUCAGACUAUUCUCUAGUCCACAGUCUUUGUACUGUGGAUAUGAUCCUACAGCUGACAGUUUACAUAUUGGUAAUUUGCUUUCCCUGAUAGCGCUCUUGCAUGGCCAGCGAGCGGGACACAGCCCUAUUGCAGUGGUAAGUAGCUCAUAUGAAAUGUUCAUAGCUUGUCUAGAAGAAAAAAGUCUAGUAAAUCAGUAUCCUAAAUCUAGUCAACAUGUGCCAUGUUUGUGGUCAAGAGUCUUUUUGUUUGGGCCCUCUUCAUUAACUCUACAAGUUAAAGCAAAAAUCUGUCUAAUCAUCAGAAUGCAGUGCUAUAUCAAAGGAACAUUUUAGCCUGAAACGAAUUUAUGACACUUUUUCUUAAAAUGUUGUACUUAUCUUCCCACACUCAUGUUAAGAUAGGUGGUGCUACAGCCCUCAUAGGAGAUCCCAGUGGCAAAAAUACUGAUCGUGUACCCAUGAAGGCAGAAGAUGUAGAAAACAACAUAAUUGCUCUUAUGAAAAAUGUUGAAUGUAUUGUUGAUAAUCACAAGAAAUAUAUUUACAAGGGAAUAAAACCUUUACCAGAUUUCAGGUGAUUUUUUUGUUUACUAUUAAUAAGGAUUUAACUCUUUAUUAUUGAAUAAUUUUUCUCAUUAAAAAAAGCAUCAGCUCUAUCAUUUUUUCUGUAGAUAAACUUGUAUUUUUUCUAUAAAAAAAUAAUAAAAUAAUUUCUGAUAACACUAUAAAAAUUUUGAAAUCACUACUUAAGUUAACAAAAUAUUUGAUUAGGAUCAUGUGUAUGUAUUUUGACACUUUAUGUCAUAUUUUUCUCUUCCAGAAUACUCAAUAACUCACAAUGGUACUUACACCAAAAUAUAAUCACAUUUUUAGCUACAACAGGUAGACAUUUCAGAGUUGGAGAGAUGAUAAGCAAGCAUAGGUAAGUUUCCCAGCUUUUGGUUAUCAUUUAAACUUGAUUUUUAAAAGAUCUAUUGCAAAAAAAAAAUGUGUCCCAUAGAUAAUGUAAAUAAGAGGAUUAUAUUCUAGACACAGGAACAUAUUAUAAUGUUGAGAGUUUAAAGAAAGAAAAGAUUAGAUAAUACACACAUAGUAAUAAAAUUAAUACAAAUGGGUAUUAAUUAUUUUUUUUAAAUACUCAUAAGCAUUCACUUUUUAAAAAAUUUCAUAUAUUCCAUGUGACACAAAAAUACUAAAUUAACUAGGCUAACAUCUCCACUGAAUCAUCUUUCACUGCACAUGUGAUGAAUAUAAUUGUGAAGUCAAUGGUGGAUUGGCCAACCUAAUGUGGACCACAAUGUCUUAUAAACAUGUUGUUUUUCAGUGUGAAAAGUCGGCUCAACAGCAAAGAAGGAAUCAGCUGCACUGAAUUUAUGUAUCAAGUUUUUCAGGCCUAUGACUGGCUACAUUUAUUUCAAACUUACAACUGUACCAUUCAGGUAAAAAAACAAAAAAAAACAAACUUUCCUUUACAUUAAAAAUGUACACAAAAUUUAAUUUGUAUUGUCUAAAGUUUUAAGACCACUUCUUUGUUAUUUUUAAAACAAAUCUGUUCCAAGACACAUCUUAAGGGUGAGUACCGGUACGUUGGUAGAAAGGUCACAACAAUUAGUGACUGGCACACGAGGUUUAGCAAUGUAAAUCAGGCAUUAGGAAUGUUGACAUUCAUAAGGAGAUUAGCAACCAGGCCUCUAAAUCAUUUUUGUAUCUUUAAAGUUAUGUUUUGACUGUCCUCUGCCUAAAUAAAAUCUCUAAUAAAGAACUGAUUAGCAGAUCGAGAGUGACAAACAUUGCAGAAAUUGUAAAGGUGCCUCGGUGGAGAUGGCUUGAGCAUGUCUGUAGACGGCCUUCAAGCUCGCUUCUCAGGAAAAAAACCUGGUAGACCCAAAGAGAACAGAACAAAAGAGAAGAAUCUGUUGAAUAGAAACCUGACCCAGCAGACAGCUCCCACAGAACAAACUAAUAGAAGUUAUGUUUUUUUGCCAUUGCCGCAAGUGCCAUUUAAUUUUACCCACAAAGAUUUAAUGUAUGUUUGUUUUUCAUAUUAGCUAAAAAAAAAUUUUUUUGUUCCAGGUGGGUGGUAAUGAUCAAACUGGCAAUAUUAGUGCUGGGUUUGACCUCAUCAACAAAGUGACAAAACAACAUGCAUUUGGUAAGUAGUUUUAAAACCUUGAUUUUUAGGCACUUGAAAGCUUUUUUUUUUCUGCCAUUGCUAUGUUAGUUAUCAUUAUUGGUUCAAUAUAUUUUGAAGAUCUUUAAUUUAACAUAAUAUUGAGUCACAUCCCAUUGCUAAAUUAUAAGUCUUAUGUCUUUAAUUGGUUUAUUUAUAGGCUUAUUAGUCCCAUUGUUGUUAACCGCAAGUGGGGAAAAGUUGGGGAAAUCCUCAGGCAACUCUUUGUGGUUGAAUCCAAACAAGACAUCACCAUAUGAACUUUACCAGGUAUGCAUUAAUUCAUGAUAAAUAGUAUUAAAAAAAUAAAUGAAAAAUAUUUGAUUUGUUUGUGGAGUGUUAAUAUGUUGUUAGAUUGUCUCUGCACUUCAUUUUGUACAUUACAACAAAGAUGGGGCUUAGGUUAUUGCUUUUUAAAAUGUUCUUUUAUUAAUGGAAUGAAAUGCUCCAAUUCAUAUAAAAUGUAAUUUACUUCACUAGAGCAGAAUAUUAUUAAUAAAACAUAACUGAAACUGUAUAAUUGAUUACCAGUACAAGCUGUCUGUUCUCUGGUUCCUUCCCUUCCUAUCAUACUGAACUUCUUUCUGUCUAUUCACCCUUUCGAAAGCUUCGUUCCUCCACAGAAACGUGUAUUCUUUCUGUUCCCAGAACACGCACUAAAACAUAUGGUGAACGAUCUUUCUCUUUCUGUGCCCCCAAACAAUGGAAUUCUCUCCUAUUACACAUCCGCAAUGUACCGACCAUCCCAGCAGUGAGCCUAGCCCUAGGCUGGGGUACUGAGCGGUGAGCCUAGCCCUAGGCUGGGGUAAUGAGCAGUGAGCCUGGCCCUAGGCUGGGGUACUGAGCAGUGAGCCUAGCCCUAGGCUGGGGUACUGAGCAGUGAGCCUAGCCCUAUGCUGGGGAACUGCGCUAUAUAAAACCACCUUAAUAAUAAUAAUAAGGUGGCACUACUCAUGAAAUUUACCUGAAAAAUCAUGCAGUUACUAUCCUGUUUCCAGCAUUUCUUUAACCUGCCUGAUUCAGAUGUUGAAAAAUAUCUACAACUUUUUACAUUUUUACCAAUGGAGGAAAUACAAGCCAUUAUGACCAAGCAAAAUGUAAGUUAGAAAAGAAAAAAUGGUUUAUUAAGUCAGUAUUUUCACUCAAAAGUCUGGUUGUAAUAACAUUGGCUGGCGUUUGUUAAUGAUAAUGUUAAAAUAUUUUAGUUGUUAAAAUUGUUAAUUAUAAUAAUAAUUAUGUUGUCCUUGUAUUCCAUUUAAAAAUGUUCCUUCAUAUAAAUUAAGAAAGCAAUCUUAUUUUAUAAAUAUUUUACAAACACUAUGGAAAUGAGGUUUAAAUAUGGGAUAAUAUUUUAUUUCUCAGAGAGCACCUGAUCAAAGACAUGGUCAGAAAAAAUUAGCAGAGCAGAUAACACUUCUAGUUCAUGGAGGUAAAAAACACAUGAGAAUUAGAUUUAGCAAAUUAUAGGUGAAAUUAAAUCCAUUAGUAUUAAGAGCAUUCAAGCAAUAUAUUAAUUAUUUAAAUUUAAAACAUAACUUCAAAUGAGUAUAGAUAUAAAAGACUUUAAGGACACUGUGUUCUCUUACAAUUGUUUUUUUAGUGACAAGCUGAUGCCAUCAAUUUUAUUUUCCAAUGACUUGGUCAAUAUUUAUCACUCAGAAGCUGGCAUUGACUCUGCGCUAAGGUGUACAGAGAUCCUAUUCGGAGAUGCAAUACCUGCCCUUGUUCAGAUGACAUUUCAAGAGCUCCAGCAGCUCUUCAGAAAUGCCCCUACGUCAGAAAUUAUUUAUAAUCCAGAGCUCACUGUUUUUGAUCUGUGUCAACAAAUUAAAUGCUUUUCACGUGUUGGUAAGUGUUCAGAGUUGAAUACCGUUUUAAACAAAUUUCUAGUCAAUUAAUAAAUGCUUAAUUGGUUUCAAAAUCCCUUUCACUCAACUGAAAUAUUUUGUUUGUUUCAGAAGACGCAGUCCGCAUCAUUAAAGCAGGGGGGCUUUAUAUCAACCAACAAAGAGUAACAGAACCUGAUUAUGUACUAAGGGAUGGAGAGCAUAUUCUGCAUAAUAAUAUUACAUUAAUCAGAGUUGGUCAGUACAAAUUUUAUUUUUAUUCAACGUUCAGAAUAGAUAGUUCCCAUAGAUAUAAAAGAUAAGGUCCAUAAUAUUUAAAGUUAAUAUAUAUUUUGUUGUAUAUAUUUUGUAGUAGGCAAAUUAAAUCAUAUAAGACUAAGAGAAGAUCUUUUCUACAAAAAGGGAACUCCAAAUCUUCUAAGACUAUUAAAGUAGCUAUAAAGUAAGUAGUUGCUUUUUUGUGUAUGUUCAUUCAUCAUCUCAGUGAUGUAAUAAUUCAUAAUUUGUUUCAUUCCAGGGAAAAAGAACUAUUAUGUUGUGAGAUGGCAUUAUAGAUGACCCGAUGAUAAUGUAAAAUUUUAUAGACUGGCUUCAGUGGCGUAGCGAGGCAGGUGCGGACCGCACUGGGUGACACCAUUUUAGGGGUGACACCCGAUUGAAAAAUUGCAUAUUUACAGGGCACACAUUGCUAGCAAAAACCGAGAUUCAUAAAAGAAUAACCGAUCACACAUAUAUUUUUCACAAAUGUAACCAAUCCUAAUGUGUGCUUUAUUAAAAGUUCAAGGUUGAUGCUAUACUGUGGACUUAUUUUAACAAGAAAAAAUAGAUCAUAGAAGUUUAGGGGGGUGGGGGUGACACCAUGAGUAUACCGCACCGGGUGACACCAACCCUAGCUACGCCACUGACUGGCUUGAAGAGUUAUAGUGCUACCUGUUGAUACUGAUAGCAUGUUGAUAGUGCUAAUAGUACAAUUUUGGAGAAUUUUAUUUAAGGAGAAUAAUAAUGUUAAAAAAAAAAAUAGCAAGUUAAAUUGAACAACCCCUAAGAAAAAGUUAUUUGUAGAAAUCCUUUAUAAAAUGUCAUAGCAAACAAUGGGGGGAGUGGGGCUGAACAUUUUGACAAAACAUGUAUUUAAGUAAAGCACUUUAUAAGAAUUCCAAUAGGUUCGCCCCCCCCCCACCCCCCCCCCCCCAUGCAGGCUUGCAACUGCACAUUUUAUUCACACUACAUUAAUAGUCUAAUGACCCACCCUCUUUUACACCACAGAUUUAUUUCACCAACUAUUUCAAAAAAACAAAGAAAAUGUUGCGCACUUGCAAUAUUUUAAAAUAAAAGAAUCUGAGCGCAGUUAUCAGGAAUUUUAUAUAUCUUUCCCUUGAAAAACUGAUUUUUGAAAGUGAGGCUGAAAAUUUGAUAGAGUAUGUUGUAAUCAGCAUUGAGUCUAUGUGCCAAGUUUUAGCUCAAUAGGUUGAAGGGAAGUGGGUCAAUUAGCAGUCCGAAGAUUUUGCCAGCCAGCCACCCAUGAACAAAAGCGAAGUUAAUAUAAAAGAUCUUAAAAACACCCCACUAGAUUAAUAUACACAUUUCCUGUUUUACAGGGAAACACAUUUUAAAUACCGUUACUACCACAAUUCAAGUUGUUAUCCUCUCAACAUAAGCUUUGUUUAUUUAUAUUAAUAAUAAAUAAAUAUUACUGUUACA